UUCCUUCUUGUCUCUUCUCUUCAUUCCUGGCAUACCAGAGAAGCCCGUGGGCCGAGGAGGAGUGUAAGGACUGCAAAUACUAACAGCAAUUUAGUUAUACCGAGAAAGAAAGAACGAGUGAGAGAUACAGAGAGAAAGAAAUUUAUACCAAGCAAGACCCCUCGCCUAUUUCUCGUUUUCUUAUAAUAGUUCGGAGAUAGAGAGAGACUUUAUUAGAAUCUAUCAACAGAGUGCCUACUGUCUAAGUCUUCUCUUUUUAUAAGACUGAGAAGAGAAGGAGACACAAACUGGAUUCAAGAUGAACGUGUGGCGUGUUAUGAACAAGAGGAAGAAGCAAGAAAAGAGGAAGCAUGCGUCUGUUAGUUCUGUCCCUGAUUCCUUUAGUGUGCCUAGUGCAUCAGGGAGCUCUGUGUCCAGUUCACAAUCAAGUACAGGAUUACAUACUGGAGGAAUAACUACUGGAGGAGCAACUGGACUGUAUCACCAUAAUGCACCUAAUAGCACUAGUUUAAAAGUGCAAGAACCUCCAGCUCAUCACAUUGUUCAUGUACAGACUCCUCCAAGAAGAGAUAGUGGACACUCUCCUAGUCAUCAUCCAAACCAAGAAGUUUGGGCUAGCAAAGUCAAUGGUUCUGCUCCUAGUUUUACAUUGGGGACACUCUCUCCUAAUCCACACUUGCCUAAAGUAGAAUCCAAUAUUCGUAUACUUCUUGAAGACAAAUGCUCUUCUGCUGAACCAGAAGAUGAAGAGAUAGACGGAGUCGAGGAGGGAGAGGAAGAAUACGAAGAGAAACUCAAAGAAGACAAACCAGGCGAUGCUGAAGACCCGGAGGUGAUAGAGGUAGAGGAGGAAGAUCAAGUCGGGGAGAAGCUAAGACAACUCAUAGAGAUUGUAGAGGUAUGCCUCACUUCAAAUCAAGGAAUGCAGUCGACUGAGUUGACCAGAGCAAGCCUUAACUUAUUGAAGACUUAUAAAA